GGUGCCAGGGCUCUCACACACAGCAAAAAAUGUCUGCCUAAGGGAAACUAACUGGUACAAAUACAGCAUAUUCCCUCUGCUCUUGCAGUUUAAAUGCGCAUUUUAAGCGUUUAGAGGCAUCCUGCAAGAAGGCAAGUCUUUACCAGAUCACCCUAGUUGGAAUUUUACCCGGAAAAAAGGUCUCAAGCUCGCCAGGAUGAAUCCUCAGCAGCGGAUUGCCGCUCUUGGAACUGACAAGGAGUUAAGCGACCUGCUGGAUUUUAGUGCAAUGUUUUCUCCACCUGUCAACAGAGGGAAGAACAGGCCAACAACACUCGGUAGCAGCAAGUUUAGUGCAGCAGGUUUGGAUGAGCGGACCAACCAAGCAUCUUGGGCCUCAGGUGGCGAGUCGAGUCCUUCGUACGAGCCCUCCCAGGCUUUCACAGACAGCCCUCAUUAUGGCGAUCAUUUGAGUGACAGUCGAUUAGUGUGCCAUGAAGGAUUGUCCCCAACACCUUUUAUGAACUCCAACAUAAUGGGAAAAUCAGAGAGGGCUUCAUUUCAUGGUUUUGGGAGGGAUCCUGGAGUGUCAGGGUGCCAGUCGUCUCUUCGCUCGGACACAGGACUGGCAAGUCCUAGUUCAGGGACAACGUCGACAAAGUCACCAGCUCUGUUUUAUUCAUUCAGCGCAGCCAAUCCCAGAAGACGCUCUUUACAGGAUCCUUUGCCUGUUGAUCCUCUACAAACAAAAAAGGUUCGCAAGGUCCCUCCUGGCUUGCCUUCAUCUGUGUACGCACCAUCUCCAAACUCAGAGGACUUUAACAGAGAUUCGCCCUCCUACUCUUCUCCUAAGCCCUCAAGCAGUAUGUUUGCCAGCACUUUCUUUGAUGGUACCCACAAUUCAUCUGACCCAUGGAACUCCACCAAUGGGAUUAGUCAGCCCGGCUAUGGAGGAAUGCUUACAGGCUCUUCGUCUCACAUGCCACAGUCGGGAAACUACAGCAGCCUGCACUCACAUGACCGUCUGAACUACCCAGCACACUCCGUUUCCCCAGACGUCAAUGCCAGUCUUCCUCCCAUGUCCAGCUUCCAUAGAAGCAACACAACCACGUCACCAUUCGUCUCUGAAACACACACCCCGACGGUCAACAACGUAGACGGGGUCAUGGCUGCUGCAAAUCGGGGGAAUGCCACUGGAAGCUCGCAGACUGGAGACGCACUUGGCAAGGCUUUGGCCUCGAUUUACUCACCUGACCACACGAGCAGUAGUUUUCCCUCUAACCCUUCGACACCUGUGGGUUCUCCUUCACCUCUCACAGCCACAGCAGGCGCUGGCUCAACAGGGACUGUGGUGACGGCUUCCGGCAACGCGUCUUUAAGGCCAGGUACCAACCAGUGGCCUCGUGCUAGUGGACAGACCCCAUCUUCUCCAAAUUAUGAGAAUUCGCUUCACUCACUGAAAAACAGAGUUCAUCAGCAGUUACAUGAGCAUCUUCAGGAUGCCAUGUCUUUCUUAAAGGAUGUCUGCGAGUCUCGAAUGGAAGAUCGCCUGGACCGUUUAGAUGAUGCAAUCCUUGUUCUGAGGAACCAUGCAGUGGGCUCCACUGCUAGUUUACCUAGCGACAUCCACAGUUUGCUAGGACAAGCACAAAAUGGGCCAAUCUCAGCCAUUGGAACAAGCUUUCCUGCCUCUGCGUUGGCUGCAAGUCGAACAGCCGCCAUGAGUUCUUCUCAUGCUGACAACGCUGCUGGUCUGAACAGCCAUGGAAGCCUGCAAAGCGGUGGCUCCACAUCCAACACCGAACUCAACCAUCAAGUGGAAACUUUCAGAGGUUUGGCUGGACAGGUGGCCGCCGCAUUGGAGCUGAAGUUGGAGAAGCAUGACAGGGAUGAAAUGAAUGAUUCCUUUUCGGGCGACGAUAAGUCAGAUGAUGAGAGCGACAGACGAGACCUAAAAACACCUCGGGGUAGCACGCGCACAAGUAUCACGGAGGACGAAGACCUCAAUCCGGAGCAGAAGGCAGAGCGGGAAAGAGAGAGGAGGAUGGCCAACAACGCCCGGGAACGCUUGCGGGUUCGAGACAUCAACGAAGCCUUCAAGGAGCUAGGUCGCAUGUGCCAGUUGCACCUGAAGAGCGAGAAGCCUCAGACAAAGCUGCUCAUCCUCCAUCAGGCCGUGGCUGUCAUCCUUAGCUUGGAGCAACAAGUCAGAGAGCGGAAUCUGAACCCCAAAGCUGCCUGCCUUAAGAGAAGAGAGGAGAAAAAAGUGUCUGGCGGCUCCAGUGAAAGCCAACAAGGUCACACGGGUGUCCACCCAGGUUUGACUGACGCAUCCAACCCCAUGGGCCACCUUUGAGGCGUUGACAGAUCAAAGACAUCCCAAACAUUUAGUCCCGUCUGCGCGAUGGCGACCUGGCCUCCCAGUGACAAGGGGUGGGGAUUGGGGAGGCUCACGCUCUGUUAUGCCACUUUGGAGGGUGACAGACCACCUGAAGCGAAACCACAAGACUAACACAAUCCAGUCCCGUGACUGACCAGGAGCCCAGCGGUCCAUGUGCAAAUUACUCCCCUAAAACCCAGCACAUAUCACACAUAUCUGCACGGAGCGUGUUGCUUCUGAACAAUCAGAGACUUUGCAAUCUCCUCCGACUCCAUGUUGAAGUUGUCCCGUGCCUAAACUCCAUUGACGAAUGCAUUGUAAUAGAAACCUUUUUUUCCUUUCUAUUUAUUAUGUUAUUGAGCUCAACAUGUAUGUCUCAAGGGGAAUUGUAUACCGUUUCAAAGAGAUAUGAGCUUUUCAGAUGACCUGUGAGUUUGACAGAGUCAUUUUUAACCAACAAAGCGCUCCCGCCUGGUAAGUCUAUGGUGAAAUGAGGGGGGAAAUUAAUUUAUGGCCUUUUUCAAGGCAUGUUUGUACAAAAUAAGAAAUGAGCAAAAUACUAAAGCCCCUCCCUCCAAAAAGAGAGGAUCUAUUUAUUUUUAUAUUUUCUGGCAUUUUUACACCUCACACAAGUUUGUUUGUUUAGUUUAGAUCAGGUUGCGUGUGCAGACUAACAAACUAACAAACUCUAGUUUCACUGAAAACUGCCAUUUAAUCAUCAAACAUUAGAGAAUAUUUCCUUAAGGGGGGAAAACUACACAUCAAAUCUUAGCAUUCCCUGUAUAGUCAUCCCUUGCCACAUCGUGCGUCACCACAUUGCAGAUUUUUUUAAAGCAUAUUCUAAAAAGGAUUCGUCCUAAAUUAAACAUUAUCAAGCAUAAAAAAAAUAUUAAUAAACUAAAAAUAUCAAUAUUACAGUAUUAUUGGCCACCAGAUCAGACCAAACCAAUCAGAGCAUGCAGUUCAGUAUUGUGUCCACUUAUUGGCUCAUUCUCAGGCAGCAUUUCUAUACUGGAUUAAAAGCGUGUAAAGGUAACAAAAGUGUGGUAUUUCAUGUCGGAGGUCAUAAGCAGUUGUUUUACUCAAGUUAUGAAAAUAUUUGAUUUAUAAUAAAUGAUUCCUACUUAUAGGCUCCAGCUUACCAGCGGCCCUAAUAAGGAUAAGCGGUAAAGAAAAUGGAUGGAUGGAUGGAUGAUUCCUACUUAGCAAAAAUUCAUUUAUCACAGUCAUGUACAGAACCAAUUAACAGUGAUAAACGAGGGAGGACUGUUUAUGUCUACUCUAGUGCUUAGGUCUUCAACAGGGGUCUGGAACCCCUAGGGGUUCCGCGAAAGUACUGCAAGGGUGUCUUGAAAUUUUUGUUUGAUCAUUAAAUUUUUUCCACAAAUUUAAAUGUCUUUAAAUACAUUUUAACAUUGAUUAAGUAACAAACACAUUAAACAACACAUAAACUCUUUCGAGCAGGUUUAUUCACCUGUCCCUCCAACAAGGAGGACCCGCCCCCUAUCACUGCUGUGCCAAUCACAAGGCUCUUUCAGGUGCUCCGCAACUGGCUGAGAGCCCAAUGUCAGCAGCUAGUUGAAAUGUUUGGAACGGAAAAACGGAUCAUUUUGUAACACGACCAAAAAACACAAGCAAAGAGGAGAACUAAGCCGAUAAAACAAAACCAUUGUAUACAAGAUAUACACAUAAAGUAUCCCCUCAAUCUCUCCGCCAGUUUGGGGAUCCUUGACCUGGAAAACGUUGACGACCCCUGUUAUAGUGUCACAGCAAGAAAAGGGCAUGUUAUUGCCAUAGUGUUCAUGUAAGCAGUGACAUAUUGAUGUUGUCGGUUCUGAUAUUGACACAGUUUAUUGUUUUGUUUUUUUAUCUGCCAUCAAUUUACCGGAUUGCUUAAAAAAACAAAAAUGACGACCACUUUUUCUCCUGGCCUGAUUAUCGCUUUGUCUGAUGACUUCAAAAAGCACGUCUACAUUUGUUUGGUUGGUUGUAAACAAGUCACUUCAUGCAGCUUCUAUGUGACUUAUAUUUUGCUACAGUAUAUUCUAUAUCAAUAAGCCAGGCUCCUUUCAUAGAGUUUGCUGGUCAUUUUUUUUCAUUGUAAGCACAAUAAUGAACAAAAUAAGUUUUUUGUCUUUUGGUUAUAGCUUUCUUUUGUUUUUCUUUGUAUACGUGUGCUUGUGUAAUCUUUCUUUUGGUCUUAAGACUUUGUUUUAAAUUCCAUUUAGUUUGUGUGUUUUAUGUAGCUGUCACAUACAUCCCAAACAAGGCUGCCACAUUCACAAUGGAGAAUGUUCUGUGCAAAAAAAGGGACUUGAUUUUGAAUCAAAGACGCCACAGCAAAAGUUUACAUUUGGAAUCUCUUUGUGUUUUGUGUGUCCACUCUCUGAAUGUGGCCUUGUUGUACAUUACAGUAUUCACAUGUGUGUAUUCAACUUUAUGGAUAUACAUGCUUCAUUUCUUCUUAUUUCUUUACCAAGUUAGACUUUGCUGUUUUCCAACGUACGUUCCCUUGUAUAAUAUAUAGAAAAGGGAAAAUCAAAACGAGGAAAGAAAAAAAAAAACAUUUGGCUUAUUUUUCAAUGUAGUGUAGUCUUUUAUACAAUAAUACCGUAAGAAUAUUUGUAGAACUCUAAACAUUACUCUUUAUAGAUUUUUUUAAACAGAAGUUUUGAGUAAAAAGUUUCUUACUUUAUUUUACUAUAUUAGAUAGUAAAAUGUACAGUUACUUACCAUAACCUCUUUGUUAUUACCGGCCGGUUAAAAAGAAAGGCUUCGAUACGAGCCAACCAUCCAUUUACACGUCUCUUAGUUGUUGAUUGAGAACCAUUUUGUGUUAAACUCCAAGGUGUUGCCAAUGCACAUCACAAAAAAAUGCGGCAAUGAGAAUUUGAAUUUUCUGUCUUUUUCAACAGAAAAAACAUGUAUAUAACAUUUAUGUUGCAAUAAA